AUGAACUCAUCUCGCCGUGCUCUACGCAACGGUACAUCCGGAAUUCUCAAAUUCCUUCCGGGUAAGAAAAUGACUAAAAUACCCCUAUCCCACGGAUACAUACAAGCUGGGUUACUCUUGGACUACACAAAUGAGUCUGCUCCCUUUUAUGGCAUUGGAGGUGAAGACAUCGAGGCGCUCUGCCUUGACUUGCUCCCAGUUCAAAGUGAGCAAGCCAAUACUGUGGAUGUGGAGGGAGCUGAAGAGCAUAUGGCCGAAGAGGCGGUAGUCGAAGAGGAUGAAGCAGAGGAGGGCGCAACUAAUGAGAUGGUGGCGGGUGUCGUGGAGCAGACAAGUGGAGUUACUGAAGGCGUGGCUGAUCGGGUGGAUGCCAAAGAUGCUGUAGAUUAG